AUGGAAGGGAAUUACAGUAAUUGCCAGAGGGAAAGGAAACUCAGCUUUUCUUCAGGGAACGUGGGGCCAGCUGCUGCUGGUGAAGUGUUUGCAGGAUUCAGGGAAAUCUGGGCCUUUUUGAGCCACUAUUUCCCUGUUGUUCAAGCUCAUGAGCAAGCUCCAGUUGAGUUACUUGCACUUCUUGGACCAGAAAGACAACAGCUCAAACAUCAGCAGGGACAGGAACAGCACACAGGAGCGUGCACAGCCAAGGAAAGAGGCCUCUGUUACUGGGGACAGUCAAGAGAUGCUAAUGAGGCCACUUCACUUUGCACCGUGACCCUGGCACGGCGCGUGCCAGCACCAGCAAGGGGAUGGACUGGAGCAGCUGCCCUCCCCAGGGCCAAGCCAUUAUCACCAAAACUGCAGAAAACCCCAGAUCUUCCUGCUGAAGAAUGGCUGAAGAGACCCAGCACCGUCCCAGCCACGUCACUCCAGAUCCCAGAUAAUAUCAAAGCAGGUCUCCAGGUCUCCAGGAAUAUCUUCAUUUCAGUCUCAGAUGUGGUGAUAUCUAAGCACUGGCUGGGAACCUCUGUUCUCAUCAGUAUACACCAGCAGGUCCUUCCCAAGGCAUCCAAAGUGCCUGAGCUGGUCCCUGCAUUGCUGCCUGGAGGAACGUUGUCUGCUCUUCCCACAGCUGGCUGGAGGAUUGACUGGAGAUCAAUCCCUGAGGAUCCAGUCCUCUGGAAUAAAUCCAUGGCUAGAGCUCAGCUUAGGUACUUGCUCUGGAUGCUAAAGCUGCAGAGGAAUGAGGAAUUGUUCUUCAUGUUAAGCUCCAGUUCUCCUGCCUCAGUGCCUGUCAGUGCACCUGCCCUCUGAGGAAACCACUGAUCCCUUUUGUCUGUGCAGCUAGAACUGCCCAAUGUCCUGGUGGAUUUCCUCCUUCUCUGCCUCACCUCUGCACAUUCAGCGCUCCAAAAGCCAUCCAAGCUCCUCCCUUCUGCAUUAGCAGGAUGAGCAGGGUUUUCCUGGAGCUCUGGGCUGAGUGGGGAUGGUUUGACUCAGAACUCAUUUGGGCAUGAAGGUUCACUUAGCCAGCAAUGAACUGAGAUGUGGCUGGAACCCCUGCUCAUGUCCUAAAACCAAGAAAAAGUGAUACAUUGAUUUGACAAGAAUUAAGAGAAAAAAAAACUACAAACGUUACUCUCUUGGGAUGAGAUAUUGCUAAUUAGAAGAGCUGCAAGCAAAUUUUUAAAAAUGUGAAAGAGUCAAAGAAAGGUGAAUAUUUUUUGAAACUUGGCAAGUCUAGUUCAGGUUCUCUUGAUUCUGGGCUCUUUUCACACAGCACUGAAUACAUUUAGAAGCUUCCAAAAUUAAUGGGGAUUCUUAAAUAAUGCAGCAGACUAAAUCCUAAACUGGGGCCUGUCAUUUCACAUUUCUUUUAGUUACACAAUGAAAUUUUUAGGCUGCAAAAGAAGAUCAUGCAGUGCCCUGGAUGCAGACAUCUCUCCUGCUGGCUGGAUAUUCUUUAUUUAUUUAUACAAAGUGAAACAGAUUCAUCAUCAAGGCUGGCAAGAUUAAUGAAAUAUUCCACGGGCAGGAGUUGAAAGCCCAGUUGAAGAAUGAGAGGAAUUUGCUACCCAGCACUCCAUCCUUUGUGACUGGUGAUUUUGGGAAGCUGCUCCAUGUGCUCGCCACAUGCCUCUGGGAUUUUUUCCUCAGGUGACACAGGUGGAGGAACUGUGCUUGAGAAUCCUUCCAGGCAUGACUUAGACACGGAAAAUUCAGCUCUGCUGACACUGCAAGACUCCUGAACAAGCCCAGAAGUGAAACUUUAGCACCUGUUUAACACUAGAAGCAGAGCACUCUAGAGGUAGCUGAAGAAUUUUUGGAUGCAGGCACAUUAAGUCGCCAAGAAGUCUCUACCAUCACUAUGGAAGAUGGUGCUGCAAAUGGAAACUAGAAGGGGUAAAUCCUGAUUUUCACUGAAUGUGAACUGCUGCAGUUUUCUUGGUGAAUGACUGAUACAGUGACCUCACCAGAUGGAAUGGUUCCUAUUUUCUCUGGGUUGUUUUAGACACCUAUUCAUCAAAAGGAGCCUGAGUCUGCCACUGCCAAAAAGAUGCAGCACCAGAACUUCAGGGAAGUCUUGAGGUGUUGACUAUUUGCAGGGGUAGAGAAUAAGAGAAAUCCCCAGAAUUUCCCUUCUCUAGAGAAGGAAGACAGAA